AUGCUUCAUCAUGUAAUGAUCGAUCGAAAUCAAAUAUGCGAAAAUAUCGAUCCUAAUAUAAAAUCUAUUUCUAUCAGAAAGGAGAGGCGAAGAUAUAAUCAGUUUCGUGAAAUAGAUGAUGCCAAUAUACUUCUGGACAAAGAACUUGAUCAAUUAGUUAGCUCUAGCGAUAAAGACGAAGAUUGGUUUAACCAAUCAGAUGAUAAUGAAGAUGAUACUCUAAAUAAACAAUUUAUAUCCUCUGAAUUUAAUGAUUUAGAAAUCGAAUCAGACUAUGAAUAUUCUAAUACGAGUGCUGAUUUUAGUGAUAUGUGGAUUCUCUUUAGAUCUUCAAAUAUCAAGAAAGGUUUCGAUUAUCAGAUAUGA